GCGUUGGUCGAAUUAAGUAAAGGGAUGAGGGGCAGUACUGGAAUUUGAUUUUUCAUCGAAAUCUUUAAUCUCCUAUUUACUUCUUGGUUUGAAUUUCUUUUCAGGUUUUGUUGAUCUUGAGAUUUUAUGGAUGUUCUCAUCAUCCAUCCACUGAGUAUUCCUUCACAUCACAGCCUCACUCACUUCAAAAUGGUUAUCCAAGAUUCCAAGGAUGAUUGGCCUCUGGAUGAAAAAGCUUUAGGGACAGAGUUUGUUACUGUCCAAGUCGGCAAACAAAAGAAAGAAGUCGCUUUCCAUAAGAAACUCCUCUCCAGUCGUUCCACAGCCUUCGAAAAUCAUAUGAAAGUGCUCAAAGAGAAAGGGAAAUAUCAGUUCCACUGUGAACCACGAUUCGAAAACGCGUUUUCCAUUCUCGUCACAUACUUAUACAAAGGGUAUGUCCCAGCAUGUCCUAACGAAGAUGGUCCCGGAUCUAGCUCUUAUGGUCGACAAAUGAGGGAAUUGUAUUAUUUGGCCGAACGAUUCGAGAUUAUCGAUUUGAUGGACAAGACCAUGGACGCAAUUCAGGCUCACGAUUGUCGAUUUGAUCGAGAUCUCUACAAGCACAUGCCGGAAGUCUACAAAAAUACUACCAGGAAAAGCUCUUUACGGUUUUACUGCGCUCUGAGUGCGGCGUGGUAUUUUGGUCGCCCAAGCUCUCCCAAUAGUCAGAAACUAAAACGGCUUGAGGCUAUCAAAGAUAAAGCGGACAUCCUUUACGAUAUUAUGAAGUUACAAUUGAAAUUUGAAUCUAACAUCUCAAACGCAAAGAGCGAUUACCGAGUUCCUUCUGAUGAAAGUGGACUUGGCCAUUGUGCUUUUCAUACGCAUGGGAUAGGAGAGGUGUGCCAACGCUUAGUCCUCCUCGCACCUCCUAAGUCUUCUCAUGGCCUUAAAACCCACGGGAAAACUCAUCUGAAUAACAUCAGGGAUGGUGGGAAUAGCAGAAUGGAUGAUAAGAUCAAAGACUGUCUGCAGAGAAGUGCUAGCGAAAGUGAAAGUUCCGAAGUAAUAGAAGAGGAAGAUGAUAACGACCUUCCCAUCUUCACGCAGGAGAAGACUCUGCAGGUCGCAGCAACUACUGGCACGAAGAAGAUCAAGAUAGAAGAUGGCGACGAGGAAAAUGACUUGAAUCAAUCUGCGAGCACAGUUACCUUAGGGAAGAGACCGAGGAGUGAAAGCCCAAUAUUAGGAAGCAGCAUGAACGUUAUUUCAAAUCCAGGAAAACGACCGCUUGAAAUCAACGACGAGGAAACCUCAAGUAGGAAGCGACCAUUCGUCAUAAUCAGCGGGAACACUUCACGAGAUAGAAACACUGAGCCUACAGGUCCUACUCGAGGAGUACAGCAACAGCAACAACAGCGAAUAUGUGACGCGCUGGGUUUUGGCAAAGACCAUGAUGAAGAUAGUUCAACCAAGAUUAAGCCAAGAGCCCCUGUGCUUUUCAAUCAAUCCAACGGUCAAAUUACUACCAUGAGAAACGAUACGAGUCGCCUCGCAUCUGGCUCUAUAAUGUCGAAUUAUAGUCGUGGUGUUGAUACAUCCAGGAUUUUACCGGGGGUGCGAUAAUAACGUAUGCAAGAGAUUACAUGCAUGUAAUAUUUAUAAAGGGGGACAUUCUGCUUUAUACUAUUGAUAUUUAGCAUUAGCCAAUACGAAUUCAAACACGAGUUCAAACACA